GACGCAACGAGCAGGAAGUGGCUUCCAGGUUCGCGCGUUUUGAGUGAGAGUUGGCGGCACGAGCUUUAGCUCAACAAAACGUUUUGGCGCUGCGGAAAACUUUCCUGUGAAGUACCAGUAACGCAGCAUUUAGUUUUAAACCAGGAGCGAUUUUGCGAGAAGUCAUGGCUGUUCAAUUGUCAGAGGGCGCAAUAGAGGGCCUGAUCAAGGGUAAAGAGGUUACAAACCCAGUUCUUCAGUUGAUUAAUAUUCGAAAGCUUGAUUCGGGCAAUGGACCAGUUCGCUUUCGCCUGAUGAUGAGCGAUGGUCUUUACACCAUGUCCUCUUUCAUGCUCGCCACGCCGCUGAACUCGCUGGCUGAACAAAACCUUGUAGCGCCCAACUGCGUGUGCUUGCUGAAGAAAAGUGUCACCAACGUCCUUAAGGAUGGACGCACUGUGGUCAUUAUCCUGGACUUGGAGGUGAUUAAACCUGCAGAUCAGGUGCCAGGGAAAAUAGGAGACCCAACUCCUUAUGUCGAGGGUCAGUCCAAGCCUCCACAGAGUGCUCCUGCUCCUGCUGCUCCUGCUCCACGUCUACUGCAGCCUCAAAACUCAGGCUCCAUGAAUAGAGGCUCUGCUCGUGAUUUUGGGAAGAAGCCCAUGACUGCCCCCAGCACACCAGGAGGCACUUCAAAAGUAGUUCCUAUUGCCAGCCUAAAUCCCUACCAGUCAAAAUGGACCAUUAGAGCACGAGUCACUAACAAGAGCGCCAUUCGUACCUGGAGCAACUCUCGAGGGGAUGGGAAACUCUUUUCCAUUGAGAUUGUUGACGAAAGUGGAGAAAUUAGAGUGACUGGGUUUAAUCAGGAGGUGGACAAAUUCUACUCCCUGAUCGAACAGGGAAAGGUGUACUACUUCUCUAAGGGAACUCUGAAGAUCGCCAACAAACAGUUCUCGUCUCUUAAGAACGACUACGAGAUGACUCUAAACGGCGAGUCGACCAUCAUCCCUUGUGACGACAACCACGACGUUCCCAUGGUGCAGUGUGACUUUGUCUCUAUUGCCGAUUUGGAUUCUCGGGAAAAAGACGCCAUUCUGGAUGUGAUCGGUGUGUGUAAGAGCGUGGAGGAUGUGACUCGUAUCACAACGAAGAACAGUCGUGAAGUUUCCAAGAGGAAUAUCCAGCUGAUGGACAUGUCUGGCAAAAUUAUCCAAGUCACCAUGUGGGGAAAUGAGGCAGAGACAUUCGAUGGCACUGGGCAGCCGAUCUUGGCUAUAAAGGGUGCCAGACUCUCUGAUUUUGGAGGGCGCUCUCUUUCCACACUCUACAGCAGCACGCUGAUGAUUAACCCUGACAUUCCUGAGGCGUACAAACUGCGAGGCUGGUAUGAUAAAGAGGGUCAUGCCCUGGAUGGCCAGUCCAUGACAGAAAUGAGGGGAGGUGGCGGCGGCGGCCCAACUAACUGGAAGACUUUGGCAGAUGUCAAAAAUGAGCACCUGGGCCAUGGAGACAAGGCUGAUUACUUUACCUGCAUUGGCACCAUCGUGUACAUGCGGAAGGAGAACUGUCUCUAUCAGGCCUGUCCCAGCAAGGACUGCAACAAAAAGGUGGUGGACCAGCAGAAUGGCAUGUUCCGCUGUGAGAAGUGUGACAAAGAGUUUCCUGACUUCAAAUAUCGUCUCAUGCUCUCCGCAAAUAUUGCAGAUUUUGGAGAUAACCAGUGGGUGACAUGCUUUCAAGACAGUGCUGAGACUAUCCUGGGCCAGAAAUCAGAUUACAUCGGCCAACUGAAGGACUCAAACGAAGCUUCCUUUGACGAGGUCUUCCAACAUGCUAAUUUCAGCACUUUUGUCUUCCGCAACAGAGUGAAAUUGGAGACCUAUAAUGAUGAAUCUCGCAUCAAGGUGACCGUGGUGGAAGCCAAGCCUGUGGAUCACAAGGAAUACUGCAAGAGGCUGAUCAUGAACAUCAGGAAGCACGCAGCGCAUUAGGACCGACCACUGUUACUUUUCUACGAGCACUUCAGCCUCUGACAUGCAGCCUAUAUCUGUCUCUUUGUGCCAUGCUUAUUUUUGUUUAUGUUGUUAAAAUCUGGUAAUUUGUCUUUCUUCAGCUACAGAGCAGUGAAAGGUUAAAAGUGAAAGAAAAAACGCUGAUUUUGGACAGAGGAAGGCUGCAGGUCGAGUGAGGUUUGGCUUGUGCAGUUUUUCCUACAUGUAAACAAUUAGCUGUGGCUGGUUUAUUAGAAACAGCUGACCUUUCAGUGAGCGAAUAAUUAAGAGAAGAGAAGGGAGUUGUGUAAGAAGAUCGGCUUUCGGCAUACUGAUCAGUAUGUGUGCGCACACAGUGGUCCCUGUAUUUAUGCGGGCAGAAGCAAAUCCACUGCCUUUGCUUAAUGUUUUGGUUCAGUAGCCUGGUCAGUAGGAGUCCUGUUUCUGAGCUCACCUUUUUAAUCCUGCACAGCUUAAGGUCAAAUUGACUUCCCAGAGACAGAGCACUCUGUACAUGUAGAUAUUUUUCUCUUCUUUUUUUCUUUUCUUUUCUUGACAAAGUUGAUCCAAGCCAAGAAAUAAAGAUUUGAGGAUCCUGGCA